AUGGAUCAUACACGGAAGGAGGAAUGGGUAAAUCUCACUUUUUAUUUAAGAAUAGAAGGUAUAUUAAAGGAGUUAUCUUCAUAUAAAUCAUGUUAUGAUGAUUUCAUUAAGGAGGUGGAGUCUCAGAAUAAAAGUGAUUAUGAAAAUUAUUGCAAUGAAAUAAAAAAUUCUAACGAUAGUUCUACGUGGAUUUUUGAUUUUUGCCUUAAAUUUGCAAGGAAUUUAAAAUCUAUAAAAGAAAUGAAUGGCGAAAAUGCUCAGAAAAAUUGUUUGUGCUUCAACUAUUGGGUAUUUUAUGAAAUAUGGAAAAAAGAAGAAAAUAAAAUGGAUAAUGUUUAUGACAGACGAAUUUAUUCUGAACUUUAUGAAAUAGGAAAAAAAAUUAAUUCUGAAUCAGGAGGCUAUUAUUGUGCAUGUUAUUUUUAUGGUAUUUUGGAUAAAUGGAAAAAAGAGAAAGAUUUGCAUGAUUACUUUAAAAAUUUCAAAGAAAUUAAAGAAAAAGUUAGUUCAAAAAAUAUUGAGUGCAAUUUAUAUUUAUCCUACCUACAGUAUAUGAAAAAAGUGUAUGAAGAACAUGAAAAUUAUUGCUGUAUAUAUGGUGAUCCAGAUUGUCGUCGAUAUUUUGAUUGUGAUUACGAUAAGAAGCCAAGUAUACUCUCAUCUAAAUUAUCGUGUUUAAAUAAAGAUAAGGUCGAACAUGAAGGGUCUGAUUUGUAUGGUGGAGAUGCCUCUGAGGAUCUCCUAUUAGAUAAUACUAUGAUAAUUAAGCAUGGAAGAUGUAUACCUACUAAAGAUGACAAAGGAGUUCCUUUAGGAUAUAAAUGUGUAUUUCCAGAGUAUCAGAGACAUACAACAGAAUAUAAAAAUGGUGAAAAACCUAGUGAACAUCCAGAUUUAUGGAAGCAUAUACAUGUAAUAGAUUUAAAAACGCAUGAAGAUGUCACAAAUAAUAUAUUUAAUAAUAUGGGUGUAAAGAAUUCUAACAAUUUAUUUCAAGAGGAUAUUGUAACAUUAUUUGCUGAAGUUCCGCCUAAUGUGCGUAAUUCCUAUGUUGAAAAUGAAGAAAUUGCUUGUUUAUUAAGAAAAUCAAAUAAACCUGAAAAAUGCAAAAAAUUAAAGGAAAAACGUGAGUAUAAAUUCCUUAAAGAAAUAAUAAAAUCCAAGGGAUUGCUGGAUGAAGGAAAUAAAUCACAUGAAAGAGACCCUGAAUUAACAGUUGGAGGAAAUACAGCUCAGGAUGUGGAUAGCAAUAAUCCUGUUAAUCCAAGUCCAUUACAAGUUCAAGUAAGUGCGUCAACAGUUCAAGAAAGCGCAUCAGAGGAACAAGCGAGUGCAUCAUCAGUUCAUGUAAGUGAUUCAUCAGUUCCAGUUAUUACACAACCAGGAAAAAAAGGUGUAUCAACAGUCCAUGUACUUGCAAAACCAGAUGAAAGAGGUGAAUCACUAGUUCAAGAAAAUACAAAACGUGCUGAGAGCAUUAAUGCACAUGUUGAAAACGAUGAUCACGUUAUUGUGUCAGAAUCUGGAAUUGGCUUAAUGCAAAAUAAAAUUUUCCGCAUCGGUACUGCAACUAUAUUAGGUGUAGGGGCAUUAUUCCUUUUUUUUUUAUACUACAAAGUAAAUUUAAAUUUGGAUAUGAAAUACACAUAUUUUACUCCCUUUGGAUCCUGGUUAAAUAGAAGAGCUUUCAAGAAAACAAAACAAAAUUACGAUCUUCAGGAAGGGUUUAGGGGAGAAUUAUUAAAAAAUACUUCACAGUUUGAUCGUGCGAUUCCAAACAGAAAUAGAGUUCGUAUAUAUUACCAUUCACAAAAUUGUACAUAG